AACUCUGUGAAGGCAUCGCAUUUGCUAGUUCAUCCUCAGGACUCUUUUCAGGGGCACACAACAAGUCUUAGAAGAACCAUGAAGUUCGUCUGUCUCUUCUUUGCCGUGGUCUUCCUUGGCAUUGCCCAGUCUGAUGAAGCCGAUGGGCAAAAGCAAUGGAGAAAGCCCUUGGAAGACUGGCCUGGCCUUCAGGGCCCAGACCCAGCUUUGCCAGCUGACUAUGAUGAAGCUUUGAAGGAUGAAGGUAACUGUAGCAUACAUAGGAGAUUGCAACAUACAUGGUGGGCAGGACAGGAUUUCAUCGGUAUUUCACCCUCCCAUCAGAUGUCAAGGAAAUAUACAACUAUCUGACUUUUAGAAGACAUCUGAAGGCAGCCCUGUUUAGGGAAGUUUUUAAUGUUUGAUGUUUUAUUGUGGUUUUAAUAUUGUGUUGGGAGCCACCCAGAGUGGCUGUGAAACCCAGCCAGAUAGGCAGGGUAUGAAUAAUAACUAAAAUAAUUAUAAUUAUACAAUUAUAAAACUGCUUUGACAAAAAUGUUUGGCUUUUCUUGAAAAUAUGUGUUUAUUAGUAGGAAGUUGAUUAAUUUUCAUGAGGGCUUUUUAAAAUUAAGAUUUGCAAACGGAACUGUGGUCUAAACCACAGAGCCUAGUGCUUGCCGAUGGGAACGUCAGCAGUUCGAAUCCCCACGAUGGGGUGAGCUCCCAUUGCUCGGUCCCAGCUGCUGCCCACCUAGCAGUUCCAAAGCAUGUCAAAGUGUGAGUAGAUAAAUAGGUACCACUCCAGCGGGAAGGUAAAUGGCGCUUCCGUGCGCUGGUUUGGUUUGCCAGAAGUGGCUUAGUCAUUGUCAGGACUGGUCGUUGUCCUCUUCAGAUCACCGCACAAACGCUUCUUGUUCUUUUAUAAAACUUUUUAUUGCGUAUUAACAAAACAUUCUUAUAAACGGUUCUUAACUAUUAUUCCUCAGAGUCACUUAUUUCAGAUACCUUCUGAGCUCUGCUUCUCCGUGACCAGACACCCUCAAAAUGGCGAAGGCGCCUUUCCCUUCGCUUUCCGCUCUUUUUUCUAACCUCCUGGCUAGAGCUGGCCUGUAUCUCCCCUCCUCCAAAUCUGAGCUAGAACUUAACCCUUGCCUUUCCUGUGAACAGCUGGUCCCUCCCUGUUGUUCCUCUUGCUCCCUUCUAUUAGAUUCACUGCUCUCCUUCCCCCCUUGGGGAAUGCUUUCUCCCUCUGAGAAACUGGAAACUUCUAACUCUUCCCUGACAGUCAUGCUGGCCACAUGGCCCGGAGGCUGUACGCCGGCUCCCUCACCCAAUAAAGCGAGAUGAGCACCGCAACCCCAGUGUCAUCUACAACUGGACCUAACGGUCAGGGGUCCCUUUACCUUUACCUUUUAAUAACAGAUUAAUACGCAAGUAGGAUUUAGACUGUAAUCAGCAGUAAAACAAUGUAGAUAUUAAGUAAGGAUGAAGAAGGAUGUUAGGUAUAAUAUACAGCAGGAUAAGGGGAAACAAGGAAACCAUGGAGGGUUAGAGGGGAAGUCAGGGGUAUCUUUACCUAUAUAAAUGUGCUGAAUGGAACUUCAUUAUUUGCAGGUGGGGCAGUGCAAGAGAAACUGAAAUUGACAGAGUCAUCCACUGCUCAUUGUUGGCAAUGGGGCUAAUAGCAUGUUCAGAGAGAAACAAGAUCCCUAACCUCUCUGCAGAGUAGCCUUACCCAAACCUGUGUAGAUUACUACAGUGGUGUAACCAGCAACACCUGUGUAGAUGAGAGGAAGCUUUUGUUGUUAUAUCACCAUCAUUAAUUUUAUUUUUGUUAGAAACUUUUCUUACCUUACAGGGAGGUAGCCGUGUUGGUCUGUCAUAGUCGAAACAAAAUAUAUAAAAAAAUCCUUUCAGUAGCACCUUAGAGACCAACUAAGUUUGUUAUUGGUAUGAGCUUUUGUGUGCAUGCACACUUCUUCAGAUUUUUUUUAUUUUCUCAUAACUCAAAACAGUUUACAGUAAAGCCAACUUGAAAAAAACCCUAUAAAAAUGAAAACCAGAGCUAAGAAAAAAGAGAAAAAGCUAAACAUAUGGAGAUGCUUUACUUUGGAAAACGUUUAUUUAUUUCAGAAAAGGAGUGUCCGCUAUUUAACACUACGCUAAGCCCAAGAAACGAGUGAUACCCAAUAGGCAUGUUAAAGUCUCUUGCUAUUUUUUUUUUCCUGCAGAAGAUGUUCCCUGCCCAAAAAUUCCCAUCUAUUGCAUUACUCUGGGGGGGAGAUGCCGUCACAGGUGCGGUCAAAAUGAGAAGCUUGUUGGACGAUGCUUUUCAACUAGGUCCUGCUGUGUGCGUUUUCAGUAGAAAACGUACUUGAGAGAGAUGCAAGAAAGACCAACAGCAUUUGAUCGGAACAGAGGAAGAAACCAAUCAAGAUGAAUUGAUGCUGAAUCAUUUCUUUUCAAUUAAAAUUGAGUUUGCAUCC